UAAGGUCUGACUUAAACGAUUCAGUCCCUCUCUCUGCAUACGAGGUAGAAGGCUCGCUUCUGUUGACACCCAAGAGAUUCAUACAAAUAAAACAAGCCAGUGCAUAAUGGCAGCUUUAUCUCCACAAGCCAUGAUCCUUCGUGUUGUUGAGCCAGACCGGGCUAGAAAAUUAAAACUUAGUUCACGACCAGCCUCUGUUGAUGCACUGAUUGCUGUUAUAAAAGAACAGCUGGAAAUAGACCUUGACUUCAGUUUAAAAUAUGAAGACCCUGACUUUGAUGGAAAACUUACUUCCCUCUCUGACAUUGAUGAGUUGCCACAGAAAGCUGUUGUGCAUGUGUCAUUUGAGCAAGAUUCCAGCUCUGUUGCAUCAACAGAAACAAUGUCAAGUGUAUCAUCCUCAGAACGUGGGAGAAGAUGGCCUUCACAUAUUUUUCCAAUUCCCACAUUUUCUUUUGACGUUGAACUGAGACUUCGGGAAGGUAAUGCCGAAUUUGAGAAGAACAACAAGCAACUUCAGUUAACUAGAGACAUAAAACAUGACAUUUUAGAAAAGCUAGCAUCUGUGAUGUAUGGCUACAAGGCUUAUCCCAGUGAUAAGGAGAUAGCAAUGGUAGCUGAGGCUCUUGUGGUAAAACAUCCUUGCUUGAAAGAAGCAGGAUCUCAGACUGGCUGGAAUGGGUGGAAAAAUAGCCUCAAAUUUAAGAUGGGGAACUAUAGGAGCAAGAUGAGAAGGGCUGGAUGUCCAGAGAUCACUGUAAAUGCUGGAAAAAGGAGUGCAAUGAAUCCUGACAAUGAAUCUUCACAUUCAAAUAUUAAAAGACCCAAACGAGCAGAAGUAAACUUUUUGCCCAACUUUCCCCAAGGAGAAAAUCCCUCAACUCUUGAACAGUUGAGACAGAAAAUUGUUGAUGAAAUGAAGAAAGCUGAGAAGAACUUACCACUUAUAAAAAAGAUGAUGCAAACCACCUUUGCUCUGCGGCGACAGACCAUAGUGAAGACAUGCCCACCAGUAAAAGAGCUCAUGGAACUCUGGCCUGCACUCAAAAUGGAAUCUGAGGUGUAUGCAGAGUUCCAACGGAUUACAAACGAGAACCUGCCCAACACAUUCUACUCUGAGCUUGACCGACAUCUUCCUAGACUGAUGACCCUGUUCAGACAGAAAGCAUCCAGAACCGGGAAGACAUCAGAUACUUUAACUGAAAUCCUAAGAAUCCAUGAUGACCAGGAGUUUCAUGACAUACACACCAAACGUGUCACUGUUCUUCAUGCGCUUCCUGUGUAUCUACGUGAGGACGUCUCUGGGUUUUUAAGGACCUGCAUGGACACAUCUGAUGAGCCAGAGCUUUUAGAUGUUGCAGUGGCCCUCCUCACAGUCAUCAAAGAUAAUGACACAAGUCCAGUUCACUUCCAGCCUGUGAAAAUCUCUGUUGUCAUCGAAAGUGAGAUUGUGGGCAGCCUCUCCAGAUUUGCUGAUGCCUUCCUAACUUCCUCACAAACUGUAAAGCUGGGAUCCCAGCUCUCCUCCACCAUCACACUCAGCACCGGCUCUCCACAAGACGAUGAUAUCACAGUGAUUGGACUCAUCUCAGGAGGAGACGAUGAAUCAGCCUACAUAGAUGAUGAAUCAGAAACUAGAGGAGCGGUGAUGUGUAGAUAA